CACCGGGUUUCAAGCAGUCAACGCUCUGCUCUCAGCACCUCAGCAGGUCUAGCUCUUAUCACUUAUUACUGUGCCAGUCGGAUUUUCCACGCCUUCUGUCCGUUCGACUUUAUCUGCUUUAAGACUGCACCAGUCCAAGAUGGAUCACGAUCAUGACCACGGCUCGGAUGACAGCACCAGCACGGCCAAGUCCUGCCCCAUGAUCAUGGUGUUCCACGCUGGACACUGCGAGAGAAUUUUGUGGCGCGGAUGGGUGGCGUCCACUGUGACGGAGUUCGUGCUCUCCGCCCUGGCCAUCUUCCUGGUGUCCUUCCUGUAUGAGGCGCUCAAGUUCCUGCGCCAGCAACUGGCGCGCAGGGCAGCCCGCCGCGAGAGCGAGCAGCUGGCGGCGGAGCAGCGCAGGAAGAACGAGGCUCCGGCAGCCGGAGGAUGCUGUUCGGAAACUCCCCUGGCGGAGCCGAGGGAGCAGACCUACUGGCAGCGCCUGCUCGCCUCGUCGCACAUCGUCCAGUCCCUGCUGAACCUGCUGCAGAUCGUCAUCUCGUACCUGCUGAUGCUGAUCUUCAUGACCUUCAACUACUGGCUGUGCCUGGCAGUGAUCCUGGGACUGGGUCUGGGCUACUUCUUCUUCGGCUGGAACAAGAAGAAUCCCGACGAGAGCGAGUGCUGUCCUUAGAUCAAGGGUAUCGCUCUUGUUUGUUUAUAUUUCUUGCAAUUGUUAUAAACUAAGCCCUUAUCAGUUCUUGGUUCACACAUCAAACAGUCCCGUCCCCACGUAAUUAUACAAAUUGUUUAAAAAUACAAUUUUAUUCGAUAGUUA